UCAAUGGCCAGUAAUUCAAGCAAACAAAUCUCUUGGAAGAUCAAAGUCAGCUUGAAUCAGGGCCAAUGAGCUUGCACGACUCAGGACCUCAUGGAACAUAUAUUGGAAUAUAUGAUGGUCAUGGAGGUCCAGAAACUGCCCGUUUUGUAAAUGAUCGCCUCUUCAGUAAUAUCAAGAAGUUUACAUCAGAAAAUCAUGGGAUGUCUGGUGAUGUUAUUAACAAAGGUUUUUUAGCCACAGAAGAGGAAUUUCUCACGCUUGUGCGGAAACAGUGGCAAACCAAAGCCCAAAUUGCUUCUGUUGGAUCAUGUUGUUUGGUAGGAAUUAUUUGUAGUGGACUACUAUACAUUGCGAAUGCAGGAGAUUCUCGAGUGGUCUUAGGAAGAUUGGAAAAAGCCUUUAAAGAGGUCAAAGCUGUUCAAUUAUCAUAUGAGCAUAAUGCGAGUGUUGAAUCUGUGAGAGAGGAACUGCGCACAUUGCAUCCCGAUGAUCCACAGAUUGUGGUUUUAAAACAUAAAGUUUGGCGUGUUAAGGGUCUCAUACAGGUUUCAAGAUCCAUUGGAGAUGCAUAUCUAAAGAUGGCAGAAUUCAAUAAAGAGCCUCUGUUGCCUAAGUUUAGACUUCCAGAACCUUUCAGUAAACCAAUCCUUAAAGCUGAACCAACAGUAUCAGUGCAUAAGAUUCAACCUGAAGAUCAUUUUCUAAUAUUUGCAUCAGAUGGCCUAUGGGAGCACUUAAGCAAUCAGGAGGCUGUUGAUAUAGUCAACACCUGUCCACGUAACGGUAUUGCAAGGAGACUUGUCAAAGCAGCCCUUCGUGAGGCAGCAAAAAAACGAGAAAUGAGAUAUUCAGACUUGAAGAAGAUUGAUCGUGGGGUGAGAAGACAUUUUCAUGAUGACAUAACAGUUAUAGUUGUGUUCCUGGAUUUACAUCUAAUCAGUCGCAGCUCUUCGCGUGGCCCUCUUCUGUCUGUCAAAGGUUUCACUGGAAAUGCCAAUCCAUAGUUCAAGAGGUUCUAUGUGUCUGUUUACUUAAUCCAUACUUUCUUCAUUUGUAUUAAGAAACAUUUUUUUCCCAUUUUUUUUCUUAAAAAAAGCAGAGAUUAAAAAAAUCGAAGUUAAUGUAUAGCUAUGAUUCUUGGAAAACUUAUUUCCAUUUAGGCGGAAAGCCAUAAAAGAUUUCUCCAUA